AAUAUAUUCGACGCAACCAACCUGACGGCACUACUCACCAUUCACGCACAUGACAGUCAACUGGCUGCAAUCCGGUUCAGUGCUGAUGCAAAGAAACUGGCAACUGCCUCUACGAAAGGGACAGUCAUUCGAGUUUUCGCAAUACCCACCGGCGAGCGUUUGUUCGAAUUCACGAGAGGUCUGAAAAGAUGUGUUGCGAUUCAUUCGCUGGCGUUCAGUAAGGAUUCAUUGUACUUGUGCUCGACAAGUAACACCGAAACAGUGCAUGUUUAUAAAUUGGAAAAGUCUGACAAUCAAUCUCAACAGAGGUGCGUUCGAUUCGGUGGCUGGGAUAUUCAAUUCACUUUUAUUUUUUCGGUUUUUUUUCGUCGAAUAAGUCAAAAUUUCUGGCUGAAUUUUGCGAAACCUGUUUCUUCUGAAUGUAUGUCUUCUCAAACAGUUAACGAUUCUUAUGAAGAAGGAUAG